UCUGGACACUUUAUGUUCAGGUGAGAACUGUUGUUUGUCAUUUUUGUGAGGUUUAAUUUUUUUUUCUUUUUUUCUGUCCAGGCAGACCAGCCCACAAGACAACACAGAAGACGACGUCCAUCUCUUUGGAAAGUGCACGUCUGCACACUGUCACAUGUGGGAUUGUUACAUACACCAGGAUGAUCUGGAUCAUUUUAUUUCUGCCUCUUCUUGCAUCAUUAACUGUGAAUGGCAGCACAGUGGCUACAUUAACUGAGGAGUCUGAGGAUGUUUCUCCUCAAGAGCAAAAACUCUAUUAUCACAAAGACCCAAGCAAAGACAAGUGCACCAUGCCAUGUGAAAUGACUGCAAAGCUAAUGCGUGAUGAGAAACACUCCUUGUGCACAAACCUCCAGCAUACCAUGGUGUCAUAUACAAGAAACACAAGGAAGCUGAUCAGAGAUCUCAUUGAGGAACAGCAGAAGGCUUUGGAAUUCCUAUCAAGCCAGAUAAUCGAUCUCAUGGCCAAAGUGAACACGCUCAGUUCAGAUGUUCAGAGAAGCAACAGUGACAUCUUUUCAGUGAAGCCCAUGGAGUCCCACGGGAAAGACUGCAGUGACAUCAAAGAAACACUAGGUGCCGUGUCCCCAAAAAUCCCAAGUGGAAUUUACAUAAUUCAGCCAGACAACUCAGAUGUUUCAUUUGAGGUGUUUUGUGAGAUGGAUGACAUGGAGGGCGGGUGGACAGUGAUACAGAGGCGGAUAGAUGGUCUCACUGACUUUAAACGAAUGUGGUCACACUACUUGGAUGGAUUUGGACAUUUACCAGGUGAACACUGGUUGGGUUUGAGGAAGAUCUUCAGUAUUGUGAAUCAGAGAAACGCACGUUUCCAGUUGCACGUGUCUCUGAUCUCACAAGAUGAAUCCACGGCCUAUGCUUCGUAUGAUAGAUUCUGGCUUGAAGACGAAACCAAAUUCUUUGCAAUUCACCUUGGCAGAUACGCUGGUAGUGCAGGAGAUGCUUUCCGAGGGUAUGACCAAGAGCAGAAUCAAGACACGGCCCCUUUCAGUACCUCUGACGUGGACAAUGAUGGCUGUUCUCCAUUCUGCACUUUUGGGGAUAAAGCUGUUGAGAGCUGCAGUGUGAACCAGAACAACACUGGAUGGUGGUUUAACCAGUGUGGAAAAGCAAAUUUGAAUGGCUCGCCAAUGGAACAGGACUUUUCCACCCAUUCAGAUAUCCACUGGGACACCUGGACCAAAAAUGGUACACUUGUCAAAAUCAAAUCAGUGACUAUGAAGAUCAGAAGAGUUGAGAUCCCGAAUUUUAAAUAAAUAUUCCUAAAGCAUCUGGAUAUGAUGCAUUGACAUGGAACAAGUUGUUUUUUGAAGUUACUAUAGAACUUGCACUUAUGCUCUAUGGGUUGUUUUUUUUUACCAUUUUUGAAACAUGACCCAGGACAUCAUCCAAUAACUUCAUCCUCAUUCAUUCUGAGACUCAUUCUAACGCCCCUCUUCUUAGUAUGGCUCUGAUUAUUCAUUGUGAAAUAUGAAAUAUGACAAAUAUUGCAUGCAAAAAUAUGCAAAACGUUUUUUGUAAUGUAACAGUUUAUGAAUAUUACAGCUGAUAUCACAGUUGACAGCAAACAAUUAGUAUUGAUGAUAAUGAAAACGUUUUUGAAUGUAAGGGUGUGUUCACCCUUACAUUCAUUUUAAAAAAGAGGCGUGGCACCUAACCCCGCCCCUAAACCCAACCGUCAUUGGAGGAUGAGCAAAUCGUACUAAAUUGUACGAAUUAGAUCGUACGAAUUUGUACGAAUUAGCCACUAAAAAAAAGUUACGAAUUGCUGUGAGAUUGUGUUGGUACAACAUAUGCUGCAUAAGUUCAUCGAUCUCUGAUGUAUAAAGGGACUAAACCGAAGAAAAAUGAAUGAAUGAAUGAAUGUUUAUAACAAGCUCUGGUGCAAUUGAUUUGUUAGUGCAGUUUAUGCGACAAACUGUUGUGACAAACAAGCAGACCGAGAAUUAUAAAAAUGUGAUUCUUGGUUCAAGUCAAAAUAA